AUGACAUGCAAUAUUGUUGUCAGUCGUCAAGAAUCUGAAACUUUGCCACAACAAAAUGUUCCGUCUAGCAAAAAUGUCGAAGUAAUUAGUCGCAAUAUAAAUCUUGAAGAUUUUACUGUUAUUUGGCUUGAUGCUAGCGUUAAUAAAUCGGAAGACUGUCUAAAUACUAAAGCGCAAUUACGCAGCGUUAUUAAUUUUAUAAAAACAUUUGAUAAGAUGGAUGAAUGUAUUGACUGUAUAUACGAAUAUUAUACAGAGAAAAUAUUUUUUAUUAUCUCUGGUGCGCUUGGUGAACAAUUGGUGCCAGAUAUACAUGACCUCCAACAAAUUCAGUACAUAUAUAUAUAUUGUUUAAAUAAAGAUAAACAUGAACAAUGGGUGUCGAAUUAUCCUAAGAUUCAAGGUGUAUUUACUGAUAGAAAUACUUUAUGUUCUACAUUAAAACAAAAUGUUAUUGAACAAACAAGAAAUGCUGAUGUAAUUGAAAAUUCACUGCGUAAUUUAAAUGAAAACAGUGCCUCGUUAUUAUGGUUUGAAGCACUUUUAGAAGUUCUUAUUCGAAUGGAAUAUGGUAACAACGAUAAAGCAGAUAUGAUUGAACAAUGCCGCUCGUACUAUGCUGAUAACGAAUCAGUACUAAAAAAUAUUGACGAAUUUGAUCAAUGUUAUAAGUCUGAAAAUGCCAUUUCUUGGUAUACACGUAAUUCAUUUGUUUUUCGACUGUUGAACAAAGCAUUUCGAACAGAAAAUAUUGAUAUUGUAUUUAUUUUUCGUUUUUUCGUCAAAGACUUAUACAAACAAUUAAAAGUAUUACACGAAGAUUUUUUAAAAAUUUUGCAAGAAUCGGAAGUAUCUAAUAUUAUUGUCUAUCGUGGACAAUUUAUGGUUAGUAAUGAAUUGCAGUUGCUCAAGGAAAAUAUUAAUGGUCUUGUUUCAAUGAACACAUUCGUAUCGACAUCAAUGGAUAAGGAAGUGGCUGAAAUAUAUGCUGGUGAUGGUUCACGUAGACCACAGUUCGAAUCUGUUCUAUUUGAAAUCAAUAUUGAUAUGACCAUUCUCACCAAACCUCUGGCAAAUAUACAAGAACAUAGUUAUUUUAAAGAUGAAAAUGAAAUACUCUUGCCAGUGGGAUCACAGUUUCAAAUUAUGUCUAUCGAAAACAUUAAUAAUAACAUAUGGUAUAUACACUUAAUAUCAGUUAAUGAGACUGAUACUAAAAUAAAAAAAUUGAAUUAUUAUCUAAAAGACGCAAUUGGUGAUGAGCCGACAAUGAAAAAAUUUAUCUAUAUUUUGGAAUUAAUGGGGGAUGUGGCUAAAGCAGAAAGAUAUAAAACACUCUUACAAAUUGAAAACAGUGAAGCAACUAUAGAAGAACUGGAAGAAAUGCUAAGAGAUACUGACAGUCUUAAUAACAACACAUGUACAAUAUUAUUUGAUAAAAUAGCUGAAAAAUAUUUUAGAAGUGGUGACUACUCGUCUGCAAUUACAAACUAUCAAAAAUUAAUCGAAUUAACGCUUGACAAAAAUGCGAAAGCUUAUGGCUAUCAGCAGAUAGGAGAAAUUUUCAAUGAAAAAAAAGACUACCAUGAAGCUCUAGAAUAUUAUCAAAUGUCGCGUACAAUUCUGUUUGGUUUAGAAACAGAAGCAAUAAAUAAACGAUUGCUCGCAGACUUGUUUUUAGGGAUCAGUGAGACUUUUCAUAAUCUUUCUGAUUAUAAAAGUGCUUUAGAUAAUGCAGAACUUGCAUUGGAAAUUAUUCACAAUCAUUUGCCAUCUGGUCAUCCUGAUAUAUUAGCAGUAUACGUGUGGAUCGGAGAUCUUAACAAAAAAAAUGCUAAUUAUCAAGCUACUUUAAUUUAUUAUAACAAAGCAGUUGAAUUAGCGCUUUUAUAUUUGCCACCAGAUAGUACCUAUGUGGCAAAAAUUUAUGCUUCAAUGGCAUUUGUCUAUGCAAAAUUAGAUGAUAAAGAUCAAGCGCUUACAUUAUUGAAGAAAGUAGUCGACAUUCCCUUGUUUAAUUCAACAUAUUUAACAAGUUAUUUUAGACCAAAGGAUUUAUCUGAUACUCUUAGACUAAUUGAUAAAUUUAAUAUUGACGACGUGUUGGAUUUGUAUGAAAAAAGCUAUGAAAUUAGCAGAAAAUCUCGUCAACCGUUUCCACGCAAAGCGAAUAGUGCCCUAGAUUGCAUCAUAUUAGGAUCGUUGUACUUUAGGAGAGGGAAUUAUGAAGCAGCCAUAAGAACAUAUGAAAAAGCACUAAUCCUGAUGGAACAGGAUGAUAAAUCAUUAUUCAACAACUAUGAUCUCAAAGCACAAAUUUAUUAUUUUAUUGCAAAUCUCUAUUGUAAACAAGAUGACGAAUCGCGUGCAUUAAUAAAUUUUUUCAAAGCUAUUGAAAUGUACACUUGUUCACAAAAUUUCAAAGAAAUUGCAGUUUGCUAUAUAAAAAGAGCACAAAUAUUCUAUUCUCUAAACAAUAUUGAAGAAGCUUUAAUAAAUUAUGAAAAUGCUCUACAUUCAAAAUUACAAAUAUUUACUGAGAAUGACAUUGAUCUUAUUGAUCUAUAUAUAGAAAUUGGAUCAAUUUAUUUCCUCAUUUUGACGACUAGCACAAUUGAAAUUAAAAUAGAUUUCUACUGUCAAAUGACAGCUAAGUAUUUAGAAAAAGCUGCAGAAAUUUAUACUAACUCAUCAAUAUCAUUUAUCCCAAAGUUUGUCUUAGUUUACAAGUUGUUGGGUAGUUUAUACGUUUAUUUGAAAUGUUAUAAAUUAGCUUUAUUCAACUAUGAAAAAGCUGUGACAAUAGCCUUGGAAAGGAUAGAAGAAAAUGUUGAUACUCUACAACAACUGUACACCGACAUUGGACAGAUACAUGUAUCCAUUUUAGAAACGAUCGAGCAAAAUGAAAGUGAAUAUAAACAUCAUGUUAAAGCGGCCGUGAUCAACUACGAAAAAGCAAUUGAAUUCCAUAGAAACUUUUGUACACCAAACAAUUCACAAUUGAUUUUAAUAUAUAAAGAAUUGGGUGAUUUGUAUUACAAUUGUGAUCAUGACUUAUACGCUUUAAAGAAUUAUGAAAAAGCAAUUGAAAUAAGCACCGAAAUAGCUGAUAGAAUUGAUGCACGCACCUUAUAUCAUUUAUAUUUACACAGUGGGUUGCUCUAUCACAAUCUCAAUGAUUUUGAAUCCGCUCUCAACAAUUGGAAGUCUGCGGCCAAAUAUGUUGCAAACACAAAAACGGCGGAAAAACUCAAUAAAGUUUUUCUUGUUAUCAGUCAACAUUUUAAGGAAAACGGAGAAGAAGUAGCCUUUUUUUGA